AUGAAGCUCCUCUACCCCACCUCCCUCAAACUUGACGUUGAGAGCCUUGAGGGCUUCUCCGUCAAACUUGUUCCCUACGACGUCAAGACGACCAUUCCCGAGGAACACACCGAUGCCGAUAUCCUCGUGACAUGGACCAACACUGCCGACAACCUCAAGGACGCCGCUGGCCGCCUCAAGAACCUGCGCUGGAUCCAGUCGCUGGCAGCCGGCCCUAACGACGUGCUCAACGCUGGCUUUGACGUCUCCAAGAUCACAGUCACCACCGGCUCUGGCCUCCACGACCACACUGUUGCCGAGCACGCCCUUGGUCUCCUCCUCAACUCCGCUCGCCGCUUUUACGAGAUGCGCGACUACCAGCUCCAGAGCAAGUGGCCCGGCCACCUUGGUGGGCCCCAACCCGAUCGCCCCGCCGGUGCUUUCACGACGCUGCGCGAUGCCCGCGUUCUGAUCUGGGGCUUUGGAAACAUUGCCAAGGCGCUGACGCCCCAUCUCCGUGGUCUCGGUGCUCAGGUCAAGGGUGUUGCCCGCCAUGCCGGCGUGCGUGAUGGCGUUGAGGUUUACGGCGAGGACAAGCUCCCCGAGCUUCUGGCUGAGACGGAUGCGCUGGUCAUGAUCCUGCCUGGAUCUGAUUCAACCAAGAACGCCCUCAACGCUGAGCGUCUUAAGCUUCUGCCCAAGCACGCCUGGAUUGUCAACGUUGGUCGUGGUACCUCGGUCGACGAGGAUGCGCUGGUUGAUGCGCUCGAGAAGAACGAGAUCGGUGGUGCGGCACUGGAUGUCUUCGUGACUGAGCCCCUGCCCGAGUCUAGCCGUCUGUGGAAGGCGCCGAACGUUAUUGUUUCCCCUCACGCUGCUGGCGGCCGCCCGCAGGGUUCCGAGGCUCUGAUCGCGUACAACUUGAGACGAUUCUUGGCUGGGCAAGCGUUGAAGAACAUCAUCUGA